AUGAAAUUUUUGAUUGUUAAUGGAUUUACUGCAACUGCUUCUCAUUCAAAGAUCUUUAAUCAAUUUAAGCAAUAAAUAUAUGAGGUAUCGAGUUUAAAUAUCUAGAUCACCUAAGCCUAAAAGGAAGUUGCUGAUAUUGAUUUUGAUUAUAUUGAGCUUGAUAGACAUAAUUUAGAAGAAUAUUUAUUUGAGCCAGAAACAUCUCUAAUAAAGCCAGAAAAUGGUUUAAAAUUUAAUUCAUUAGACAUGGUUUUUAUAAUAGCCUCACCAAAUACAAGACCUUGGAAUCCAAACAUGAGAAAUGUAUAAGUAUAAAUUACUAUUCUAGAUUAUAAGUCUAAUAAGAAUGUGUAUUAAAACUAAGAAACUACUCUUUAUGACCUCAUUUGGAGCACAAGCUCUUGCAUAUUUAUGUGCUUCCAAUAUUUCUACAGUAAAUUUUAUAGCAUUUAAAUAUAGCAUAUUAAUAUUACAAAUGGAAAUGGAGAAGGCAGUAAAUUAGUUGACUUUCCUAAAUAUACUCUUUAAGCAUUAAAAAACUCUCAUGAUGAUUAUUUCUUAGAUACUACUACAGGAGAUUUAUACACUUACAAUAAAGUUACUGAUGAAUGGAUGCCUAAAUGUAAUAUAGGAAUUCAUCACAGAAGAGAUGCUAUGGAAUAUUAAUCUAUUGGAAAGUAUGUUGUUAAAUCUCCUGCUUAUAAACCUAAAUAACCAAUGCUAUGUAAUCAAACAGAAAUGACUUGUAUAAUUAAAAAGCCAUUUUUACAUUAUUGGUUGUUCAAAGAUGUCAAAAUUGAGUUUUAAAUUAAAUAAACAAAUACUUGGGAUAUACAUACUAUCACAUUUACUAAUCCAGAAAAGGUAAUUGUGAAUCUAUUUUAUAAUAUAGAGGUUUUAAUCUUUAGCUGAAAAUAACCUUAGAGGUCCAUUAAUUUUAUAAUGUGAUAACAUUAUUGCUAUCUUAUUUGAAUUAGAUUACAAAUAAAAAGAUUAAAUUAAUCUGUUAUCUAAUUUUAUUGAAAAUGGAAUUAAAACUAUAAGAUAUUCAAAUACAUAUGUAUUAAAAUAUUUAUUUUUUUAGAAUGCUAUCAGUAUCACAAAUGAAAAACAAUUUUUCUCACCUAGAGGAUUAGAAAAUAUUGAAUUGAUAUACAAUCAGGAUACCAAAAAGAAAUCUCAACAUUUGUAAGAGGAUUUGAUGAAAAAGUAACAUAAAGCCUAUGUGAGAGAAUAUCGUAAAUUAGUUAAUAAGGCAAUUUAAGAUUCAGAAAAAGAUAGAGAUAAAAUAUUGCAUGUUGGAUUCUCAGUAAAAAAGAAUCGUUUACCAGAGUAUUAAAUAUACUAUAUAGUGUUGUUGAGUAAAAUAACAUUUAAUAGAAAACAUUAAAAGCAACUUAAAGAAAAUCAUUUUUUGCUAAGAAAGAACAAUUCUAUUAAAAUUUUGAAUCUAUCAAAUUAAAUAUAGAUGAAAACUAACAUUAUAAGAAUCCUUCGACCAAUAGAAAAAACUUCAAAUUGAAAACUGAACCGAAAGGAAUUACAUUUUAAAUAAAUGAUGAACCUGAAGAUCCAAAUUCAAUUUAAACUCAUAGAGUUCUAUCACAAAUUGAAAUUAGAAAAUAAUUACAUCCUUCUUUAGAUUAGAAACUUUUAGAAAACUAAAAAAUAUGGAUUCCAGGAUUUUUAAAAUAUAACAAAUCAAAAAUAUCUACAUCAUAACCUAAUUCUGGUAGACAAACAUUUUAAUAACUAUUUGAUUGA